CCCGGCAAUACCAUAGUCGACUUUUUCUUACGUGGCGAUCUUGUAUUGGAGCGACCUAAUAAAAGUACAUUGCUACAGAUGGGUCCAGUUAACAUAGAAAUUUUGCUUCAGAAGCAAAAGCCUCUCGCAGCACAACAAAACGAAACAGAUUUUGGACAGGGUAAACAAAGGGACUCCCUUCAGACUUUAGCUUCGUGAGAGAGAAAAGAAUACACACAAAAUGGAGAGCUACAGAAACAAUAUGGCGGUGACCAAUCAGAGAAAGGCUUUUCAAGGAAUUCGAAUGGAGAAUCCAUUUACUUUGAAAGUGUUUCAAGUAUUUACUGGCUUUGGCUUCGGUUGUGGUGUUGGAAUCGGAUAUGGUAGCCCCCUAAAUCUUGAUGGACUUGGGGGAUUUAUUUAAGCCCAAGAAUGGAGAAACCCAUCUUCAAUCUCUUGCGAAAAAAUCAUGUGCAAUUCCAAUGUUGAACCAAGUUAUGAGUGCAACAAGAGGAGCAACUGGUGCUUUUUCUGGUGUCAGCAGACAAGUAAAUGAUGCUCUAAGGAAGGUGGGUGCUAAGAACAUUCAAGCAGGCAUUGGAUGUGGAGUUGGAUUCGGCCAUGGUUUUGGAAUCGGCCUUGCUGUGAAGCCUAGUGUGAUAAAUAAAUUCCAAUCCUGUCUUGUGCAAGCAGUCACAAACUUGGUGAUGAAGUUUGGAAUGUCUCCCAAUCUGUCAGUUGGCCAAGGUGUCCUCCCAAUGUCUUUGCAAACUGGCAUGGGAUUGACAAAUGAAACAUCAAACCAAAACCCAAUUGGCAAUAUAAUGCAGUUGAGUAGUAAAAUUCCAGAGCACACCUCUCAAGUGCUGCCUGGCUACGGAAAUAUGGAUACAGGUUCAACUUUUGAAAAGAUUGCAUAUAAAAGUACUCCAGUUGAUGCAUCUUUUGGCAGAACCGAAAAAGUCCUCAGUAGUUUUCUACAAAAUCCAGUGUUAAAGGAAGAGCGCUCUGACAUAAAUGAAGUGGCUGAGCGUUUGCGUUCUGAAAACAACUUGCUUCAAAUGGUAUUGAAACAUCAGCAAGUCAUUGAGGAACUUAUGCAGGAGAAUGAAAAGCUACGUGAAAUCCUUGUAGAAGACCUGAAAAUACCUCCCAGCAAGCUCCUUGCUAGUUACUCAAGUGGAAAUAAACCUACAUGUACUGAUUGUUUCAAGUGCCGACGGAAACAAAGAAAAAGAUAGCUGCAGAGUUUGAUAAAUUGAAAGAAAAGCAAUCAAACACCACACCACACCACACCACAAGAAUCUUAACUGAAGCCCCUUUCGACCAAGGGACUUUGAACCCCUGGUUGGGUUUGAAACCUUACUAGCCAGUAGGAUCAUUAUCAUGGUUUGCCGGUAGUACUCAAAAGUGAUGGCAAAACUAACUCAAGCACAAGACAAUUCUAAGAAGAUUACUAGUAUAAAAAUUGAUGCAGGACUAAACGAAUUGUGCUAGGAGGUAAUCUGACAUUUUGUUUUGAGGUUCCAUGUAAAGAGAAGUGGAGUGAAUUUUGAUGGCUUUCAUCCAUUUAUGUGAGUGUGAAGUUUUGUGUUGUUUAAACUCUCAAAUAUAUUUGAUGAUAACUUUUUGUUGUUGCA